ACUCUGCGCUGCUGCAGCCUCGGGCACCUGCUGCUCGCUUGAUCUAUCUUCAUCGCACGCGUCUCUCGAGCUGCCUACCGAGCCCGUGGCCGUCGUCAGCCGCCUACCUGUGGACAGCAUCUUCAACCGCUCCAGCUACCCGCCAUGAACUCGAACGCGCCUCUCGGUGCCGUCAUCCUCGCCCGCCAUGGCGACCGCAGCGGCUUCUACCAGGACCCCAAGACCUACACGGCAUCGUCGACGGUGCUCACCUCGCUCGGCGAGCAGCAGAACUAUCAGCUCGGCCAGCUCAUGGCGAGCGUCUACGCCGGCGCCAACGAGUCGACGGCGAUCGCCAAGUUGAGCAAGGACGUCUUUGUCGACUCGCAGGUCAACUCGACGGCGGAUGCGGGAGGCGAGGGCAGCGUCAUUAGCGACUCGGCGCUCGCGUUCUGGCAAGGCUUCUACCCGCCUCGGACAAACGCAUCUACUACGACGCUCGCCAACGGCUCCGUCGUCUCGUCGCCUCUCGGGGGAUACCAGUACGUCAAGGUCGUCACGGUCCUUCCCGAGGACGACAUCGACUUUGAGCCCUGGACCAACUGCGCCGCAUGGACCAACCGCACGAGCGAGCUCUAUGCGUCGCCGGCGUACACCGAGCGCGCCGAGCAGGACCAGGACUUGCUCGACCUCAUCUCGUCGAGCGGGCUCGUCGGCGAGCGCACCGUGUCCAUGGCCAACUUCUACAACGUCUGGGACUACAUGAACGUCAACUCGAUUCACAACGCCUCUUUCGUCGCCAAGCUCAACGAGACGGGCGGCGAGAACACGCUCGCACGAGCGCGCGACCUGGCCAACUUCCACGAGUACAACCUUUUCACCGACUCGACGCCUGGAGGACUUGGCAACUUGCCAGGCCGCACCGUCUUCUCGCGCAUCCUCGAGUCGCUCAACGCCUUUACGGCCGAGGACAACGACGUCGUCCUGUCGCACUAUCACUUUGCCUACAAGCCCUUCCUUUCCAUCUUUAACAUGACCAACCUCGCCGCCGCACCCGGCAUCGAGUACCCGAACGCCAUGGUCGACUAUGCGUCGGCGGCCGUGUUCGAGCUGCGCGAUGGCGGCUCGGGCCCGAGCGGGUUCGACGUCCGGUUCGGGUUCCGCAACGGGAGCGACACGAGCGACGCGCUCGCGUACUACCCGCUGUUCGGCACCGACAGCGUCGACAUGGACCUCGACACGUUCCAGGGCAACCUCCAGCCGCACGUCAUCCCGAACAACACGGUGUGGUGCAACCUCUGCAACAACAACGGCUCGGUCGCCGCAUGCUCGGAAAUCGCCCUCGCCCAGUCGUACGAGGACCUCGCCGCCAAGUACAAGGACAUCGCCGACGGCCACUUUACGAGCGUCGGGUCUGGCUUUAUCGGCGCGUGCGUCACGAUCGUCGUCGGGCUGGCGGUCCUCGGCUUGCUUCGUGCACUCGGCUGGGUGCAGUUCGGCAAGCGGCGAGCGGGCGAGGAGGACCGGUACCCGCUGCAUAGUGCGCAGAGCUUCAAGGGCUCGGUCGCGAGCCGAGGGUGAGCGGCCGUGGCUCAGGGUCGAGGGCAGCUGUGGGGCCCUCGCUCGUCUUUGUAGAUCGUGCAACGAUGUAGCUGUUCGUGUCGAGC